AUGACGGUCGAUGGCAGCUGUUUUCUAACGUCGGUUACUCUGAAGUUCCUUGAUCCCGGCGCUAACUGUCCCAGGGUGAGUUUCUGCAUGUUGUCUUAGUGUGACUGAGGUAGCGACGAUAUCGUCCCUUCGCAGGGUUUCUCAGUACUGUCCCAGAUACUCAUGAUCUAUUCAACCCAAUAUUUGAAAUCAAAAACGUUCUUUGGGAAAGGGAGAAAACUUUAUUAAGUAAAUUUUCGACGUCGGUUCCACGUGUCGUCGUCAGACUAGAGUAAAUGUGCAGAAAACAAUUAAAAUUUCAAACGUGCUACAAAAUCAAUACUCAUUUGGUGCCUCAGCUAGUAAGCUGCCGUCGUAUGUGUCAGUCCGUAUUGAUCGGCUUUCGUCUCUUCCACUUUUCUCUGAAAUUCUUGUACGUGGCAUCUAACUCGAUAUGCCUGUUGAUGCAUGACUCAUCGGAGUGCAUGGCUUCAAGAAACUCUCGGCCUUUUUUAGAUGGGCAAACUCCGACGAUGCGAGUUUUGUCCCAUGCGAAAUUGUGUCCAGUAUCAAGAGUGUGCAUGGCCAUUUGAGACAAGUGGUCUCGCCUCUUAACUGCUAGUUGAUGUUCGUGGAUGCGUGUAGAGGCAAAUUUUCCCGUUUGGCCACAAUAUACGGCAUCACAGGCCUCGCAUGGGAUCUUAUAGACGACUUCUUUUUUAUCGAGAUAGCCAACCCUAUCCUUAGGGUGUACAAGCUGGGUGCGUAAAGUAGUCGUCGGCUUGUACGCCACUUUUAUCUGGUGUUUUCUCAAGUGUCUUUCAACAAGUUCAGACACAUUCCUGAUGUAAGGAAGGAUUCGCCAAGUGUUUGCUUUGGGCGCCUGAUUGGAACUAUCUAGUUCCUUUGUUUUUAUCUCUUGUUGUUUCAUGCAUCGACGUACGAAAUCCCUCGGGUAUCCGUUCUGGGAAAAUAAUUCAAAUAGGUAGUUUAGUUCAACUUUGUAGCUUUCUUCGUCAGAGCAAUGUGUUUUUGCUCGAUGUAUCAGGCUUUUGACAGUACUCCGCUUGUGAGAGAUCGGACUGUUGCUCUUAUAGUGUAGAAUUAUUUCUGCAUAUGUUUCUUUGCGGUAAACGGAGGUGUGUAAUGUUCCGUCAGUCUUACGCUGUACGAGAACAUCUAGAAAUGGGAGUUUAUUGUCAAGUUCUUUUUCCAACGUGAAUUUAAUUCCCGGAACGGUUGAAUUGAUUGUGUUGUGGAGUAUUUCUAGCUGAUCCGUUUUAACGACGACAAACGUGUCGUCUACAUAUCGUACCCAUAAUUAGGGUUAACUAAUGGAAGAGCCACCGAUUCCAAUUUCUGCAUUGUCACCUCGGCAAGAAAGCCAUAUAUGGGUGAUCCCAUUGGAGCACCUUUUAGUUGUUGAUAAUAUUGGUGAUCGAAUGAAAAAUUGGUUUCUAAGCAAAGGUCCAUAAGUUCAAGUAAGGCAGAUGGGGGAACAUCCGUGUCAUAGGACUUUAGGAGUUCAUCUGUGCAUUGCCUUGCGAAAUCUAAUGAUAUGGAAGUGAACAAAGAAACCACAUCAAAGGAGACCAUUAUCUCAUCCGCGGAAAUUGUGAUGUCUCUCAGUUUCUCUGGAAACUCCAUGGAAUUCUGAAUGGAAGUGGCACAAUCUCUCGUAAGUGGAUGAAGUUGGUGGAAUAGCCACUUAGAAAUUUUGUAAUUGGGCGCACCGAUUAAUGAUACUAUCGGUCGCAGUGGUACCUCAGGUUUGUGAACUUUCGGCAAUCCGUAGAUCUUGGCGAUGGUUGGUUCGGAUUGUCUCAGAGAUUUUGCAAUAUCUCCUGGCAGUUUUUUCGUUCCCGUGGCCGUCAUAUUUGCCUCGGCAAGUCCAAUCUGAAACUUCAGGAAUUCAGUGAGUUCUUUUAACACUAAGAGAUAUUUAGACUGUCUAAUUUCUGUCAGUCUUCCCCUGUUACGCUUGAAAGGCCGGAUCGACAAACACGUGUUUUUGUGAUUUCAUCGCCAAGCCGCUGAAAUUACACGGCGGAUGAAUUUGUGUGCCGUAGACAGGUUUUGAGUGUCUCAGGAGCUAGUCACGCUCGUGCUCACCCAGAUUGCAUGACGAGGUCGGCUUGCUGUGGUCAGUGGGUCUGAGGGAGUUGGAGUAGGGUGUGAAAAAUGUCCAUAUUUUGAACACAGGGAGCGCGCGUGACUGUUCGUUGGGAGUUGGAGCGGCUUUCGAUCACUACCACGAGUCGACGAUGGCCACGGAUGACAGAGCAUCUGCACCAACUUCUUCUGAAAAACAAAGCGCUGGGUUCGCUGGCUGGAAUUGAUGAAUUCUUACCUCCACCCAGCCACCCACCCAUCGGUCGCAUACUCCCUUUCCCAGACGCCUCGUUAGACUGCCCCUCUGUCUUGCUCUAGAGCAGAAAGCGAAUUAACAAAUGCAUAACAAUGUGGCCCGCAACGGUAGCCGGCCCUUUCGAGGAGUAGGCGGAAGUCCUCCGCGGGCGGAGCCCUCCUGAUAGCUGUCUUCAGGCAUCGUCUUGAUAAUUCGUUUGCAACGUCUCCUAGAAAAGGGAGUCUUUGAAAUAAGUCUCUCUUUUCUGCAGUUGCGGUGGUGGGAUGUUUGGCAUGCGAGGUGGGUUCUGAAGUUGCUAGAACUCAGUUUCAACGGGUUCGGGCGAGCAGGUACGUCUCACUCUGGCCUCCGAUUCUUAGACUUCAUUUCGCUUUAGAUUAAGGGAAACGAAAUUGUAAAAAAUUAAUAUACUGUCUCGUCCACGUUUUCUUUCGACUUACCUUGUGCUAAAUAGAUUCAUCCGCCUUUCUGUGUAGAAGGACCUCGAGGAACACGGUUUCGUUAUCCGCCUCAGACUCCGCAGUAAACUUUAACGAGAUAUUCGUCCUGGUAGGAUUCUGGACCUGGGUGCCGAUAUCGGUGGCAUGAGCUGACAGCCAAAUAUCUUCCGCGUACCGGCUGCAGCAGUUGAAUUAAUUAAUAAUGUCCUUUAAACUCGUUUUCACGACCUUUUCCAUAAAAGCAUUUGGGAGAAAUGUCCCAAGUGGUAAACCCAUCGUCAAAUCAUCUACUUGUCUAUAUGAUUGACGGUGGGAGAGAAACUAGGCAUUUUUUAUGCACCAUGUAAAUAAGUAUUUUAUGGUUUCCACUGUCAUGCUUAUCUUGUAGUUUGAUCGUCAAGUAACGUCACAGGUGUAGUUUAAUGAGUCUGCCACGUUUACGUUGAUAGACAGUAACUAUGUAUCUAACGGUGAAAUCCUCCGUCCGCAACGUUUAUAUUCUCGGCAGCGUCGACAAACUCAGAGGUUUCAUUCAAACACUGAGGGCGUGGAUAACUUUGGGGCAACUUUAACUUUUCUACCAGCCAUUUUGUAAUGGCGUGAUAGAACGAAUUUCUCAUACCCGUGAUUGGACGCAGGGCUAGCUCAUAUUUGUGAAUUACCGGAAGGUCGUACGCUCUGUGUAUCGUCCCAGCCGUGAGAUUAGACUUGCGCAGCAUCUUCCGCACUCUCUCCUCCACAACUGAACGCGAUGUCAAAGCACAGGCAAGAAGAGCGGGAACGGGAGACGAUGCAGGUGGCUGGCGCGGUCAGAUCCGCGCCUAGGCGUACCACCACAAUCCCUGCUCUACAACAACCACUCGGCCAGGAUUUCAACCAACAACAAUAGCACCACAACGGGUCAGAAAGAGGAUAAGGAUGACUGGGCAGCCAUGAUCACGACCUGUAUAUCCAGCGGGAGAGCAAGUGCAUCUACUAGGCGGGAACAUGCUAGAGCAUACCAGGCUGCACGAGUCAUGGUUUGCUGAUCAUGACAUAGCAGAUACGUACAUACAGUGGGUGGGCUAACUCAUGAAAUGUCAACCGAAAUUACGAAAUGCUCUUCCGUUUCGAUUUGAGUAAUUAAGUAGAGUUGUAAAACUAAUAAUUGUGCAGUAUAACUCUAGAAUAAUCCAGUAACUUCAAGAUGCCGGCUUUCGAACGAACUUCCUUCCGGCUGCAAGCAAAAACUAUACUCUGCAAACAAUGACUAUUUAUGUAGCACUCAUUUAUCUCAUUGAUUUUCGAUACCCUUAAAAAUUCAAUUAUAUUUCAUGGAAAACAUGCAUAGAAUGUUCAUUCUUUUGUUCAUUCAGUAGAUAAUUACGUGUUCUCCCAAUUUUAUAUUCGAAGGAAGGGUAUGAUUCUGUGUUAGAAAAGUUUCUAAUUGUGAGAUUUUUUAAUAUCGUGAAAUGUUCGUUCAUAAAUCGUUAUGUCUCUGCAUUUACCAUCGUGGCUUGUAAAGUCAACAAUAUGGCUCAAACCCACUGCUAAAUUUUAUGAACACCAUAUUGUGUCCUCUUAAUACCGCAAAGAAAUGUAUGGUUUUCCGUAUGCUGAAAAUAUCCGGCUUGUAGUUUGGGAACCCUGAAUGCAAGUGUAACGAUAGCUCGGAUUCAAAAUUAUUCGGGAACUGGACACGUUUUUGGAAACCGAUUUAUACCCUUUCUUCCUGUAUGAGAUUGGGAGAAGACGUAAUUUUCUACCCAACGAGUAAGAGUAUGAAUAUUUUUAUGCAUGUUUUCCACGAAAUAUAAUUGGAUUUUUAAGGGCAUCGAAAAUCAGUGAGAAAAAUGCAUGCCACAUAAGUAGCCAUAUUUUGCAGAGUAUAGUUUUUGCAGGUAGCCGGGAAGGAGUUUAUUCGAAAGCCAGCACUCCGAGUUAACUGAAUUAUUAUAGAAUUAUGCUGCACACUGAUUAUUUUUACAACCCUACCUAAUUAAUUUUUUCCAAACGAGAACGCAUUUCGAAAUUUCGAUUGGCAUUUCAUGUGUUUGACCACUUACUGUACCUUGGCCGCCCAUACUUGAACAUAAACUGAUCGUGGGGCGGGAUGUCAGAUUAUGGCAAAUUGCUCCCCGCACCUACGCAACGGGCCACGAAGAUAAUCACCCACUGCAUGCGCAAGAAAAGUCGCGAUAUGAUCGAAGCCUGGGCCUCACAUGUGAACUCCGUUGAUAGAUGCAUCGGUCUGGCGCCGGCGUACAGUGUCCUGCGCAGUUACCUCCAGAGUGGCGUCAAUGAUGUUUGAUUGGCUCAUACCCGCGACAACUCUUGCUUGUCCUGUUACCGUUUUUGUCUCUGACAAUGGACUCCCAUGCGAGCUCGAAACCUCAGAAGAAUAAGGAAAUCGUCCCGUCAAUCGAACAUCCACCAUCUACCCUACUUUUGAAUUCACCUGGAAUGCGAAGUCUCGCCUCAGUUCGUGAAAAGACCAUCUCUGCAGAGAUUUUAGAGAACUUUCUUUGACCGACCCUCGACGGCGUCGGCGCGAUCCCUGAGUUUCUUGGAUUUUGUAAAUUUGACGCGAUCCGACAAUAUUUCUUUUGGUUCCGUACAUAGUACGUUUUAUCCAUUAGUACCGGCCUUCAACGAUUGUCCGGCCUGGUUACCAUUGAAUUUUUGCUUUCGCUUAAUUCCCUGGGAUCUUUAAAAUAUGUCCAUUCCAGGGGACCUUUGUUUCUUAGAAUCCCCCUGAAAUACUGUUGACAGCACUUCGCUGGGGUCCAUUUUUUCCCGAUUCGACGAAAACUUGAGUGUCUCGAAAGCAAAAUUUCACACGCGGUGCUAAGUUUUCUUUGUUAUUUCUAGGUCAAUUCAUACAGUUCCCAAAUUUCUUGUUUUUGUGUCAUUCUUAGUGCAUCUAAACGUUUGCUAACAGUGGAUCUAUCAACUCCUAAUAUUUCUGACAUUCUUUAAAAGUUUUACAUGGAUCGCGGUCGACUAACCUUCCCAGUUCUUCUUUGAUUUGUUCCGACUGUCCUCAAAUUUCCUUAUUUUCUCUGCCACUUGCUGUUGACACUUAACAGUAUCAAGCGAAUAAUUUCAGAAAUUAUUCAAUGAAGGAUAUGGAGUUAAGUCUCCGGGACAUGACUUUUAGAAUCAGACCCGAGAUUUCAAUGAAGAUUCGAGUCGAAGACCAUCAACGACUGUGGAAUAACCACGUAAUGCCCGUUCUGAAAAGCAGUAGCACUACGAGCAGUAUAAUACUUUUGCCACUUAAAAGUAUGUUGGUGAUUCUGUUUUAGAUAAUCAAGGUUUCUAUGAAAGGACACGUAACCAUCUGCGAUAGGUCUGCGAUGUGUCGCUUUCACGCAAUUCUGAACGUCUCGGAUGACAAUGGAUGACGGAUGAGUAGCAAACACAUGCGGCAAGGCCUUUUACUCAGAUACCCAGGGGGCAAUUGGAUCCAGAUCGAAAGUUCACACUUUCUCAAAUGGAGUUGUAUACUGGUGAUCUAUGCCAGGCGUAUAUUCUUAUUGACCGAACUGGGAAAGACUCGGCGCCUCGAUGGGAUCCAAACCCAUGACAGCCAGGGAAGGGCUUCAGUACAGCCAAGGCUCUAGCCACCUGAGCUACGCGGUCUCACGACGGGACGUGAAUCUUAUCACAUUUGGGUCAAGUUACCCGCCCCACCUACUGGAACGUCUGGAAUCCACCAAAUCUGAUACUGUUAGCUGACUGUCCAAACGGGAUUCCCUAAGUAAUCCAUCUAGAAUCCGCAAGAUGACUACCAGGCUCAGGUAAUAAGUAGGUGUUUUAACAGAUUUUCAAUAGUUCAUCCUGACUGGUGGGGCCUCGCAGCUUAGGUGGCUAGAGCGUUGGGUGUACUAAAGCCGUCCUCUUGCUGUCGUGGGUUAGAAUCUCACCGCGUCAACGAGUUUUUCACGGUUGAGUCAAUAAGAAUUAUUCAAAAUCUUGAAAAGUCAGGUUGGCAAAAACGUGUUUUCGGUAAUUCUUCGUCAGGCCAAUACAGUUACAUGAAGGAAUGAAAAUGUACAACAUUAACGGUGUUUAUAGGUGUCUCAAGGACUAUUAAGUAAUUAACACUCAUGUUUCCCAAGUCGUCCGCAUGACGAGGUCGGCGGGUUUUGGUUCUUAGAGCUAGGGGAGGGGGGUAAGAGAGUCUUUGAGUGAUGUUCUUGGAUUGAGUACACGGGGUAUCCAUCACUGUACUUUGGGAAUUGAGGCUGCAUGUCAUCAUCACUUGAGGUUGGCGCUGGCCACUGCAGAGAGCGCUUGUGUCAGGGUUUUCGGACAGCAUAACACCGAAUUCGCUAGCCGUAUAGACAUUGCCUCGGCCGUUGCUAGUAUCCGUUGGCGCAUGCCUUUAGAGAAGCUUGUUGGUGUCCGAUAGACAACCUGAAAUGCUUCCUUGGCAUCGACUCAGUGAUUCAUAUCGAUAAAAUGUUCGAGAAUAGAACUCGAAAUCGACCGGGUCUCACCUCUGUCCAGCCAGGCGGGCAUAUGUUCACGCAACCUCCUUACCAGGUGUCUCGUUGUGUGGCCGAUGUAUCCCGCUCCACAGGAGCAAUUGAAUGAGUAAAUGCACAUUUAUGUGGCCUCCAGCGGUAGUCUGCCUUUACCUCCCAAACGUAGGAGAGGAGAGUUUGUGAAGCAUACGCGUAAAUUCGCCGCGGGGAACGCUCUCGUGAUAGCUGUAGUUAAGCGCCGUCUGACUAGUUCGAUCGCUGUGUCUCCUGCAAAAGGCAUUCUUAUGAAUACAUCUUUCUUUUCUGCAGUCGCAACAGUGGGCCUUGCAAUGCGUUCCCCAAUAUUUCGGAGGAUAAAUCUAUCUGGGUAUCCGUUCUCCCAAAGUGUGUUCCGCAGCUGUUGGAGCUCUGCUUCAAUAGCUUCAGGUGAGCAGAUGCGCCUCACUCUAGCUGCCAAUUCCUGGACUAGAUUUCAUUCGAUGUUGAGGGGAACAAAACUGAGGAAAUUAACGCAUUUUACCGUCCAGGUUUUCUUUCGGAACACCCUGCGCUGCAUAGACCCAUUCGCCUGCCUGUGCAGAAGGACAUCGAGAAACGCAAUUUCGUUAUCUGCCUCAGACUUGGCAGUGAACUUUACCGAGGGGUGCGCACUGUUGAACUUUUGGACAAGGUCGUCGAUAUCGGCGGUACCAUUUGCAAGGAACGGUCCAAGAGGUGAGCCCAUUGCCACGCCAUCUAUCUGUCCGUAUAGUUGACUAUUGCACAGAAACUGUACAUGUUGUGUGCAACGCGCCAGUAGUUCUUUUAGCGUUUUUACUGGCAUGCCAAAACAUCUACCAGACGUCCACGAAUGGCACAGCUUCCUCUCCUAUCUCAAGAGCCUUCCUUGUGGGCUGUUCCGAGCCAUUGUUGUUUUGUGCUUCUGCAUGACGCUCAAACUGACGGCAUUUCCCGGAACUUCGAACAUUCCAAAUGACUGUGGCGAACGCGUUACGGGGGGGGGGAGGUAGGGAAAGUACCCUAGCUCCUGCUGCCUGUCUGAGAGUUUCGAGUGAAUACCUUGUCCGCCGGGGGCUUCAAUUAAAUUUGCUGGCUGCCUUCUCUCGUUCUGCUUCCCCCUCCUCUACCCAAUGCCCUGGCUAACUGACCCUGUUCUUGGCUUUGCUUUCACCGACUGCCAACUCUUGCACCUACCGCGUGCGUUUCCUACUCUUCCUCACCUCACUCACGUCAUAACGCUUUAUCAAAGUGUACCACACCUGGACGGAGAUCCGUGAGGCUACAGCAUGCUCACGCCUGACAAUCACUUCUGUAACUUUAUUUGAAUGCCAGUGAAGUCACAUUUAGCCUCGGGAAAAUGAUGUUUGUUAAAGUAAUUUGCUCUUUUUCCUCAGUGUUGCAAGGGUGAAUAUGGGCGCUAGAACUUCUAUAUUGGCAUAGGACAGAGGCAAGCAUACAUACCGUCUCCGCCGACUGUUUCGUGACAGUGUGGAAGGUUGGUGUAUGGAGACAAGCCUUAUGUCCAUAGGGACAGGUUUUUAAACGAAGAAGAGGAUGAGGAUGAGGAGGAGGAGGAGGAGGAGGAGGAGGAGGAGGAGGAGAGGGAGGAGGAGGAGGAGGGGGAGGAGGAGGCUGGGUGA